AUGAUGCUCAAGGGCCACACUUACAAAACGUUCAAGACUGCACCAGGUACUCUGGAAUGCAGAGAAGCUUGUCUUGCUGAUGUCAGAUGUCAAAGCUACAACGUCGUUAUGUUCAUUGCAAUAUGCGAGUUAAACGACCGAACUAAAGAGGCCAGACCAGAGGACUUUGUCAAGAACAAGAAUAGAUAUUACAUGGUGAAAGGUCCAAAACGAGGUGAUAGAAAAUGCAAAGAUUAAAAAGCAAUUUUACAGUUAAGGAAGGGGGAGGAGAGGGAGGGGGAGAGGGGAAGGGGGAAAGGGAGGUAAAGGGGGGGUAAGGGGGCGACAUUCAACUGACAGCUCGAUAUGCGAGCGCAACUUGACAUGUACCCAAUAUGAUGCUCGGCAUUGUCUGACACAUAUCUUUACAGAAGUGCCAAUUAUAAAGUAAAGUCAUUACACACAAAGUAUAUCUUAAAAGUGAUGAAAACAAACAAUAUGGGUAAUCUGAAUUUCGUGGAUUUUAUGCUAGCAGCAAUGAAUGUUUCUAACUCUCAUUCUGCUAAAGUUAAUCAUUUCAAUUGCAGUUCCCCUCGGAUCAAUUCGUGAGUUGCCUGCGGAAUCGUGCAAGGAGAUCAAGGCGAGUGAAGCAGGUCAGGUUGUAAACCACUUUGUGUGGAGACGUUAUUAGAGGGAUAAGCUAGAAAUAACUGCGUACGAUUGUACAUUCUGACAACUACACUAGUUGGUGGUACUGACUAAAGAGUAUUUUUUUAAUUUUUCCACAAAUCGUGCGAGAAUUAUGCACUUUUGAACAACAAUGAUCGUUUUGUCGCUUGUGACUAAUAUUGUCACACACACUUAUCUAAAACCAACUAGGUUGCGUUUCGAUUGUGGUCAAAGAAUCAUAGAAAUAAAAAAAAACCUCAAGGAAAAACAACAAGUGGGAAAUGGCGACUGUCCUCCCUUAUCAUGUGCAUGUAUAAUCCGAAAAGAUAUUUCUCUACGAACGAAGAGCAGCAUCUUAACAACCAUUACCAAAAAGUCUUUAACUGUCUGCGUUUAAUCACUUAACUCACAUUCGUGAGAAGAUUAUGCCUUUCAUUAAGGAAAAAACCCGCAUUUCCUUCUUUAGGCCAUUCUUGUAAGGAAAUUUGGAACGCAAGUUCCCAUCUCAGAGACGGGGAGUACUGGAUCGAUCUUAAGAGGAACAGAGACGUUUUAAAGGUCUAUUGUGAUAUGACAACCGAAGGAGGUAAAGAAUGGAUAUUUAACAAAAACUAAUAACGAUAACGGGUUUUUUUUUUUAACUUCUGCGUGUACUUUCCUUCUUUAAUAAAUGUAAUGCAAUAUUAUUUUGCUAAAUCAAGAAUUUUAUGUCAUUUCAUUUCUUUUUUCCAGGUGGUUGGCUUCUGGUCUCCAACGUUGUCGUCGACAACCCAUCCUCGCCACGGUUUUCAGAGGAAUCAUCAUACCAUGAAAUAAGAAAUUGUCACAAAAAGUCGUUGUUACUCACGACAGAUGCCAUGAAGGAACUGAGAACACAUUUGUCUUUCACUCAGUUGAGAUUCCACUGCAGCACAAACAAGGGACGUACUCUCCAUUUGACCACGGCUGCUAACAACAGUGGUGAAGCAGUAGUACAAUACUUCAGUGGUCAGACAGAUGUCUCUCCGAAAGCAUGUGGCUCGUUUGUGCGAAUGAAGGAUGACAACUCGAAGUUAGCUGCUGAUUGUAAUCAAUGGAUUAAUAAAGAGUGGGGAGCCAAGAUUUCAGGAGGAAACAGAUUUCGUGUCGUUGCUCGAGCCUCUGGGGAACAUUACUGGUAUUUGUAUCGGAGCUUGUGGGAAUGUGACGACUUAAACUCCGGUAGAGCCGAAUAUUUUGGUUUAUCUACAGGUGACUUUUGGAGAAUUUUUGUUCGUUAG